AGAUACUUCCGCUACUUUCCCUUUCACUAUAGAAGCUCAGAGACACUGUCAGUCCAUGCAUUUAAACCUGGCAUCUGUACACAGCCUUGGAGAGUACCGCAAGAUUCAGAGGGUCAUAUAUCGUUCCACUCACAGUUACCCAGUUACAUGGAUUGGAGGCUCUGAUGCUCAACAGGAGCGUUAUUGGUUUUGGAUUGAUGGAACUCCUUUUACAUACGCAUACUGGUGUCGUGGAGAGCCUAACAACAUUGGGGGCAGAGAGCACUGCCUACACAUGAACUGGACAGGACUGAAGUGUAUGAAUGACAAAUCCUGUAACUAUCGAUACCCAUUUGUCUGCGUCAAGAAAAGAAGAUAACUCCUUGUCUGACGUGAAGCUAUAGUUCACCAAACAAAGAAGCAAAUAAUCUCAA